GGCCCAGCUCGGUUGGGUUGGGCUGUAUCCGUUGACCCAGUCAGUCGUACGCUGUCGCAGAAUCAGCGUCUCUUUCCGCUUACACUCGCGGUAAGCUGUUCGCUUGUGUGGAAACACAUCCGGACGAUGUGUCUGCGCCUGCUGCUCGCCGGCGGCAGCCUGGCCCUUCUCCUAGGGAUGGUCGCCUGCGGCCAGAAAGGAGCAGCAACCAGUGUUACUAGUGAAGGUGACAACAGGGUUCGCUUACCUGCUCGAAGUGACUACACCAAAUUUGAUCCGUGGCUCCAGAAGCUUCUGGCGAAGAUCGAUAUCGUAGAUGACGAAAGGAAACGAUUUAUGAGGGCGUAUAAGGCGUUUGAGAAAGAUUUAGUAGGGGUCUUAAGAACAGAAGAACCACUUUUUAAAUUGACCUUUAGCAGAGUCCAUCCAACUGGUAGUUCAUUUGAAGGACUGCGAAUCAGCUCGCCGAACGAGUUUGACAUGAAUGCGGUUCUGAACUUGCCUCUUGAAAAUAAGGGAGAUAUCCAGGUCCGAGAAGAUGAGGCAGCGGGCCAUUUGACAUUAACGCUUCUUAAAUCAGCUACUGAUUACUUUGGAGAAACGUGGUUUACAAACUAUAUUAAGCAGAAAGGCGAGAGUUUCAAGAUCAACGACAUACGAAAAACACUGAUAAAAUUGUGGAACGGCAAAAACCUGAGUCGUGAAAAUGUGUUGCGCUGGAUGCAGAGUGCUGCAGACCGUACCCUCGUAAAAUUGAAAAACAACAAGGAUCUAGAACUCUGGGCUGUUAUAAAGAGUAUAAGCCGAAGACGGGCUGGCCCAGCCAUCACGUUUGACGUUUGUACCAAAGCCGGUGAAUACCUCUCCGUCGACUUUGUACCGGCUCUUUCGUUCCAGGAAGAUGUUCUCACAAAAGAAAUGCGAAAACGUGUAAAGGAAAUUUCCCGGAAAAAGAGAGAAUGGUAUGUCAUUCCAAAGGGUCCUCCAGAAUCAGCUGCCAAGGUAUGGCGUGCUUCGUUAUGGGACCACGAAAGGGAUUAUAUAUCAGGUUUGGAGCACUUCAAACCACUAGUCCGUCUCCUUAAAAAACUCCGUGACGAGCAAAACUGGACUGGCCUAGCUAGCUACUACAUCAAAACGUCCGCAAUGCUGAUCGUCGAGGACAUGAAAUCUGAGGGACGGUCAUACUUUAAGCGUAGCAUCGGCGUACUUCUCAUGAGGGGCUUGAAACAACUAAAGGAGCUUACUAACGCUUGCAAACUGCCUUUCUUUUGGGACAAGAAAAAUAAUCUCCUUGCAAAUAUGAAUGAGAGCACUUGUAUGAAUAUUUCCAAACGGCUGAACAUCGUGUCGAAAAGUUUUGAGAAGAGCUUGACAGACGAUUCAGAAGAUCCUAUGAUUUACUUCGGAACAUCUAAAGACGGACUGAAACAACGGAAUACAAGAAAUGCAGCAGGUGGUGUGUGCGUCAUCUAAUGAAAAUGAGUUCCGGCCAGUAGAACCACACAAUUGAUAUCUGAACUUUACUUCAAGAAACAAGCAACCUAUAAUGACUCAUGACCAAUGUCAUUCAUCCAACAAGGACCGUAACCGAACUACUAUUUGCUUUGAACUUUGCACCAUAGCGUGCGACAGUAUCCUAAGAUCGCAUUUUUUUAUCCGAGAAAUCGAAAGGUGUUUUUGUGUUCUGUAAAUAAAUCAUAACAGAUCCUAAAA